CGAGUUCUUCAUCUUUACAAACUUCAAUUUUCAAGUAGGAACACAGAAACCCGUGGCACACCAGUUGGAGGAAUUCCACCCUUUCUAUUGUAUUGUACUGUUCAUUUCCAAAUAGGUGCUUGUGCUAUUAAAAGAAUCACCACAUGAGUUAAGUUUUUGUAUUUUAUUAUAGCUCUAGAUAUAGAAAAUGUGAGAGCUUUGAACAGGGUGUGAUGUUGAUGAUAAAUAAAAUGGAGCAUUUCCAUGUAGAGGAGGAAAAAGCAGCUUCAAGGAAGAAAGACAUUGAAGCUUCUUGGUCACGUUUGCAUGUUCGUGCUCGACAUAGGCGCUCUAAGAGUGCUUCAGACAGGACUUCGGAUGUUUCAAGGGGUGGAGUUUUGCGUUUCACUUCUACAAAGAAACAGCCAAAUGAAAUGCAUGUGCUGCCACUUCCAAAGAAGGCAAGCUGUCCUCAAAGUCCCCUACAUAACAACUCUGCAUGUAUCAGCAAGAAUACUUCAACAAAACAGAGAGCCUCCUUGGAGAAAGAUAUUGAACUGCUUCAGUUACGCUUACAGCAAGAGAAAUCCAUGCGGGUUAUGCUCGAGAGAGCAAUGGGCCGGGCUUCAAGUACUCUAUCACCUGGACACAGGCAUUUUGCUGCUCAGACAAAGGAAUUGGUUGCGGAGAUUGAGUUACUUGAAGAAGAGGUUGCAAACCGUGAACAGCAUGUACUCACUCUUUAUAGAAGUAUUUUUGAACAAUGUGUUAGUCGACCCCCCUCCGAGCAGAACUCAGGCAUGGCUUCUCCUGCCCAUACAAAGCAAGGAUCAAGGAAACACCCAAGUAUUAUUUCAAGUGCAUUUUGUUCAUCAAAAAAAUUUCCACUGAGACCUUUGCAAGCUCUGAUUUCUGUAAAUGAUCUUGGGAAAAGAACCUCAAAGAGUAGUGAUACUCCUUUUUGUUGUGGAAAGCAUGACACUCCUUUUGAGAAGACAAGCUCAGACCAUGUUAAGGCACAUCAAAAGAUUCAAGUGAUGCAGAAAGCUGCAGUGCUGCGAACCCUGAAAGAUCAUCUGUACCAGUGUCCUAGCAAGUUGUCAGAGGAGAUGGUCAGAUGCAUGUCUGCAGUGUACUGCUGGCUUCGUUGUACAACAACUGUAAGUCCAGAGAAAAACCGAUCUCCCAUUUUGUCAAGGUCAUCAACUAAUGUUAUACUCCCCCGACGUGGUGUUGGAGAGGACCUGGAUUUUUCUUGCAAGUCAGUGGUUGAAAUAUCUCAGAUAUCAACUGAUAAGAGCCAAGUCUCAUGUGCCUCUUAUGCCAUCAAUAAUUAUAGAGCUCUAGUGGAACAACUGGAGAGGGUAACUGUGACCCAACUGGAAAACAACGCUCAAAUUGCAUUUUGGAUUAAUGUGUACAAUUCCCUUGUGAUGCAUGCAUAUUUAGCCUAUGGAAACCCCCACAGCCCAUUGAAAAGGUUAGCGCUGUUUCACAAGGCUGCAUACAACAUUGGUGGCCACACCAUAAGUGCAAGUACCAUAGAACAGUCAGUAUUUUGCUUCCGAACACCUCGAAUUGGACGAUGGCUGGAGACCAUCCUCUCUACUGCCUUGUGGAAAAAAUCAGGUGAAGAAAGACAACUUAUCAGUUCAAAAUUUGGUCUCCCAUAUUCUCAACCACUUGUCUGCUUUGCACUUUGUACUGGAGCUUUCUCUGAUCCUGUGCUAAAAGUCUACACAGCAGCAAACGUCAAAGAGGAACUCGAAGUUGCAAAGAGAGAAUUCCUCCAAGCAAAUGUAUUAGUAAAGAAGUCAAAGAAAGUGUUUCUGCCAAAAGUGGUUGAAAGGUUUGCAAGAGAAUCCUGUAUGAGCUCAGACACACUUCUGAAAUGGGUUAUGGAAAAUGUCGACAAAAAGCUCCAUGAUUCGAUGCAGAAAUGCAUCGAUCAUAAAUCUAACAAGAAACCAUCACAGGUUAUUGAAUGGUUACCUUACAGUUCAAGGUUCCGGUACGUGUUCUCCAAGGAUUUAACAGAGAAACCAUGGUGGAUAUGAAUUUCACCCCUCACUCCAAGAAGGUAUUUUCAAGUUUCAACCUGUCACUGUAAGUCCGGGACCAUAGCUCGUCAUUAACUCCAUUGUACAUCCUGACCUUUGCCAGGUUUUGAGUUUAAUUACGUGAACUAUUGAAUCUGUACCUAUAAUACUCAUUUAAGUUUCCUAGAGACAAACGAGAGUAGAUAAAUGUAGAAUGCCUUUUCAUUUAUUGCAAAUUGAGAUUCUUCUGUUGCUUUUCUCCCUCCUCUAAAAGUCCUGCAAUUUUUUUCCAC